AUUCUUCUUCAUCGUCCUCCUCAGAAAAUUUCUGAUUGUGGUUUGUUUCAGAGAUGUUCUCUUCCUCCACUCUCCUCUAUUCUCUCUCUCUCUUCCUCUCCCUCUCACUCCUCUUCUUCCUCUCUUCCUCCCGCAACAACCUCCUCUCCACCGCCGAUGAACUCGACGACCUCUCCCUCUUCCACCGCGCCGCCCUCUCCUCCUCCAACACCCGCCGUCUCAUCUCCCUCUCACAGACCCCUCCUCCUCCAAAAAUCGCGUUCCUCUUCCUAACAAACUCCGAUCUAACCUUCCUACCUCUCUGGGAAACCUUCUUCCAAGGCCACGAGCAUCUCUACAACGCUUACAUCCACGCGGAUCCAUCCUCCGCAAUCUCCCCACUCCUCUCCUCCUCAAUCAACGCCAAAUUCAUCCCGGCGAAGAGAACCGCACGCGCCUCCCCGUCGCUAAUCUCCGCGGAACGGCGACUGAUAGCACGCGCCAUCCUCGACGAUCCAAACAACCUCUACUUCGCUCUCGUCUCGCAGCACUGCAUCCCUCUCCACUCCUUCGCUUACAUCCACAGCCACCUCUCCAAAUCUCACCAAAGCUUCAUCGAGAUCCUCUCCGACGAGCCUUUCCUCCCGCAACGGUACAACGCGCGUGGAGACGACGCGAUGAUGCCUGAGAUCCCCUACCAAGACUUCCGCGUGGGGUCUCAGUUCUUCGUUCUGGCGAAACGUCACGCUUUGAUGGUCAUUCAGGAGAGGAAGCUGUGGAGGAAGUUUAGGUUGCCGUGCGUUGAUGCGGAGUCUUGCUACCCUGAAGAACAUUAUUUUCCGACGCUCUUGUCUCUCGAGGAUCCUGAAGGAUGUAGCCGGUUUACACUCACACGUGUUAACUGGACCGGUAGUGUCAGCGGUCAUCCUCACACGUACCGUGCGUUGGAGGUGUCACCUCAGCUGAUUCAUAGGUUGAGGAGAUCUAACUCGAGUUUGGACUACUUCUUCGCGAGAAAAUUCUCGGCGGAGUCGUUGCAGCCGUUGAUGGAAAUAGCAGAUGAUGUGAUCUUCAGGGAUUGAAUCAGUCAAAAGUAAAUUAGGUUUUAGGAAGAAGUUUGUUGUUGGCCCUCUUCGAAGAAGAGUAGCAAAUAAAGGUGAAACUCGUGUGUGUGUGUAAUGUUUCAAACCACCCUAUAUAUAAGUGAAAAGGGUGUGUGUGUUGUUAUAAUGUCUUAGGGAAAUUUAGAUGGAAAUUGGGUGUAGAAUGAAAAUUGUAAAUAGACCCCCAAUGUAAGUAAAAGCUAUUAUGAAGUUGGUCAAAUCGCCUUUGUUUUUAUUUUCAGCUCCUUUCACACGGGAGAGAGAGUGUGAAUGGCAAAAAGGCAUUCCCUCUCUUUCGUUUCGAAAAUGUGUGAAUGCCAAAACAAUAUUUUGUUA